GGAAGAAAAGGACGGAAACAACUUGGGCUGCCAAAAGACAUUUCUAAUAUGACAAUUUUGUCCUUUAAAAGCUGAGACAAAAAUUUAUUAUUCCCUUUAUAUCCUAAAAUUCAUUUGUAAAACCACCGUGCAAGGCUUUCUCAGCGCUUUACUUUCAAUACUUGCAACUAGAUUCACUUGGCUUUCUUCCGUUCAACACCCACAAUUCAAUACAAAAGUGACGCAGAGGCAGUUCGGCAAGAUAAUAUAUUGAAGCUUGAAGUUGCAGAGUUGAAGUCCAAAUUUUGUGAGAGAACCCAAGCUCUCAUCCAUGGUGACCUUCAUACAGGUCUAUCAUGGUUACUAGCAAUUCUACUCAAGUUAUAGAUCCAGAAUUUUCUUUCUGCGCGCCGAUGGGAUUUGAUGUUGGAGCUCUUAUUGGAAACUUAAUCCUGGCUUAUUUUGCACAAGAUGAACAUGCAAAUGAGGGAAAUGACAGAAAGGAAUAUAAGCUGUGGAUAUUGAAAACUAUAGAAGAGACGUGGAAUAUUUUUUAUAAAAAGUUUACUGCUUUCUGGGAUGAACACAAGGAUGGCCCUGGUGAGGCAUAUCUGCCUGAAAUUUUUAAUAAUGCAGAAAUUCAUCUGUUGGCAAAACAGAAAUAUAUGGAAGAUCUGUUCCAUGACAGUCUUGGAUUUGGUGCUGAAAAAAUGACAAGGAGAAUUGUUGGGGUGGCUCAUGUUGAAGACUUCGAAUCAAUAGCUGAGCCAGAGAAACGUGCGAAUUAUGAACGGCAAGCUCUCACCUUUGCAAAUUUGCUUCUGAAAGAAAGACGAAGCUUCAAGAGCAUUGGUGAAGUUGUGUCCGCCGUUCAGCAGUCUAAAUCAUGAGAAACUCCUCAAAUUUAUGAUUUUAAAUAUUGCAAGGAUAAUUGAGUUAAAUUGUGAUAUACAGUAAUAACUCCAAAGGACAAGCAGAAUGUAUUCAAGGGUAAUAAGAGAUUUCUUAAGUUUUGUGUCCCAAAAAAAAAUUUAAAAAAAAUAAAAAUUGAAAGGGCAAA